AAAUGGCCCACGCGUUUAUAUUUUGUCCGCCGGUUUUUCUCGGAAUUUUCCAGUUUUCAAUUGGAAAAAGUACUCUAGAGUGUUCGGAAAAGUGCCCCGGUUCGAAUUAUGUGUUUAUUUUGUCCAGGAACUUUGAGUGUUCGAUGGGGGCCACAGUACAAGUGUUCAACUUGACAGGCCGGGAUGGUCGGCCAUGUAUGUUUCGGACGGUCACGUGACAGUUCAAAAGUGCGUCGCAAGCCGUGAGAUACACACACUAAAAUCCCCAGAUAGUUGUAAAUAGAAUUACCUUGUACAUAUUAUUGUACAAAAACAAGUUAAAAAAAGAUGAGCUCCAGUGGUCGCACUGGCCCCAAGGGUGGCAAAGGGGCGAAGGCCGAUAAAUCUCACAAAACCGACGGAGGUAAGGGCGGCGGCGACAAGGUGCACAACAAAGAAAACCACCUGUCGUCCAAAAACGAAGAACUCUCGAUGAAAGACAAAGUCAAACAACUGAUGGAACUGACCUGUCGUUCCGAAGACGAAGUCUGCCUGGCGCUGCACGAGAGCGACCACGACAUAAACACGGCCAUCAAUUUGCUCUACGAAGAACCGAGCACCGGCGAGUGGGAGACAAAAGACAAAAAGAAAAAGAAGAGACAAACUUCAGCUGGCGGCAAGACGGACAAAAAGGGCGACGAAGGCGGGGCCGACGAUUGGGAUGACGUCAUCCCACCCGCCCCAAGCGUGGGCGCGGGCGACGGCAAAGACUGGAAAGAACGCGGCGGACGCAACAACAGAAACCCGUCGCGUUCUAACAACCGCGGCUGGCGAGAAGAGGGCGGGCGCGGUAGAGGCGGUCCUAGAAGAGGCGGUCCGACUAGAGGCCGCGGGGGCGGUAGAACCGGCGGCCGGUACCCGCCGCGAGGAGGCAGGGGCGACGGCAACCGGCAACAACCUAUUGACACUUGGGACAGUUCCAAUACUUGGGAUAAUAGUGCCGCGACGCCAGCGCCACCUCCGGUCGACGACUGGGACGACUUCCACACUGACGAGUGGUCAACUGAAGAGUACACUGGUAGUCUCGUGGAAACAAAAGUCUUUACUCCCAGCGUUCAAACACCCAAUGACGUUUUCGAUUCUGCGCAGCAACCGCCUCAAGCCGAUACUUCUUCUGUCAAUAAUGUCAACGCAAAUGAUACCAGUUACAGUCAGUCUUUGGGUGGUCAAAAUUACCAGCCAACGCCCAGCCAACCGAGUCCGGUACCGCCUAUGGUCGGUACUUUGACUGCUGCGCAGACGCAGUACUUUUCGCAGUUGUCGCAACAGAAUAGCGACACUGUCGGUAAACAGUACGUCGCCGCUAGUGGCACCGCCUAUCAGGCGCAGCCCGGUGUUUUUGAUGCCAAAUCGAAUGUCCAACAGACUUACAGUAAUAGUACGCAGGCGCAAUCGUACAGCACGACUGCUGCGCAGCCGUACACCCAAACAACGACCAAUCAAAGUUACGCAACUGCGCAACCCACUUAUGCGCAGCCCACUUAUGCGCAAAACAGCGCGUUCGCUUACCAGGAACCUCAGGCGCAGCCGCAACCGCAGCGGUCGAGAACGCAACGGGCCCGAGUACCCCCACCUUCCAAAAUACCGGCCAGUGCCGUAGAGAUGCCGGGCGAUUUAAAUAAUAGCAGUGGCGUCACUUAUUUAGACGUACAAUUCGGAGCGAUGGAUCUCAUUGACAGCAGUUUCGAUUCCAGUGUUGCCGCUGUUAGUUUAGACAAUUCCACCACUACAGAAACGGAUUACGGCAACGUUGCAACAUCUAAAAAUAGUACUAGUAUUAGUACGGCGUUGUCUCAAGGGUUAUCGAAUUCUGACAUUCCACAACAACAACCUGCUUCUGAACAUUUGACUUAUAACAAUGCUAGGAAUGUUGCGCAGUCGUCGACUGCGCCGGUUGAAAAACAGGAUUCUUAUGGUUCACAAAGUGCAGCAGGGUACAAUUCCUAUAAUAAUUCAAAGGGGGGCAACAAUUACGCUUACGCCACUGCACAAACAACUACAAGUUCCUACGUCAAUAAUCCAUCGGUUACAAGUUACGGGAAUAAUCAGUACGCUAGCAGCGCCUCCUAUUCGAAUUCCUAUUCUUCGACCACUGCUCAGGUGUAUCAGAACGCUUCUUAUCCGGUCACUCAGAGCAAUUCUUACCAAAAUAAUCCGUCUAGUCAGUCUGUCUAUGGUGCUAAUACUGGCCUGAGCAACAACUCCAACUACUCAAGUGCUCAAUAUAACAGCUACAAUAAGCUGAAAGACAAUUCUUACGACACCAGCGCCACCAGUACCACAACGGCGCUGAGUCAAACUACUUCAGUUAGUAAAACGACAAACAAAAAUCCCACCAGCGUAAUGAGCAACAUCCCUCCCGGAGUGACACCUGUCAUGAGCACUCCUUAUAUAAUGGGGCAAAUGCCUUAUUUCCAACAACACCCGGCCGUUUACUCGUUUGAAGAUGUGCAACUACUACAACAAAGGAUGCCCCACAUGACCACGCCUUACUACGACAUGGGUUACCAGACACCGACGACGCUGGCGACGGUGCGCGGCGACCCGACGGCCACCGCUUUGGGCGGCUACAGCGCCACCGACGCCCGGUUUCAAACGGCGGGACGGGCGGGCGACGGAGCCGCCUCACCCGUACCGCCCGCCUCACAACAACAGCAACAACAACAAGCUCCUAUUUUGACUGCGACACCUGCACCCGGUGCGGCUACGCCCUACUUUUUCGCGGCUGCGCCUUACAACACCCUAGGGGCUCCGCCCAAUUACGCCCAAUUUGGAACAAUGUACACGCAAUUACCGACAGUGACCAAUGCCAAUAACCAGUACGGACCGAAACCGGCUACUUACGGUUCGGCGACCGGUUACGGCGCCUACGACGCCUUAGGCCAAUCGGCGCAGGACUAUUCCAAGGCCUCCUACGCUGUGGGAUCGGCGGCGGCGGUGGCGGCAGCGGCGGCGGCGCAGAAAAAUAAUUCGACCAGUGCCGGUUCGGGCGCCACUGAUUUGAGCGCCAUGUACGGCAAGACGCACGCCGCCUUGGGAAAAGUCAAUUCAUACGAGAAGCAGGGCUUCCAUUCCGGAACCCCGCCUCCGUUCACUGGAACUUUGAGCCAAAGCGCCGGUGGCGCCGCCUAUGCCCAGCAAGUUUACAUACCCACAAUGCCUCAGCACCAUUCAACAAUGGCCAUGCACCAGCCCUUGCAUCAGAUGGAUGUGAGGCACCAGGGACGGCGCGCGGAUUCCAGCGGCGGCGCGCAGAGGUCGCAAGGUUCGGCCGGCCAGGCCAAAGCGGGUUCCAAACAGGGGUACGGCGCCUCCUACUGGAACCAAAAUUGAAUUCUCUUUUUUUUAUUUGAAUUAAGACGAAAAAACAGAAAACUGCUUCGCAAUCACUUUGAAAGUUUUAAUUAAGCUUAAGUACAAUUGGUUAAUUGUGCUAUUUUUUUUUUAAGGGGCCGGUUUAUUCACCUGUCAGGUAACAGUAACUUUAUCCAAAGCUGAAUAAAUCAGGCCUAAGUUUUUCUUUUUUCGGUACAAUUUAGUAUUAUUUUUAUUUUUAAUAAUUUAAGGUUAGGUUUACACUUAGCGGAGGCUACUUUCUUUAUUUAGUGCAAUGCCUUUUGGUUUUCUAAGUGUUUGCGGCAGUGUUUCGAGUCAAUUUACAAAGUGUAAAUAAUUGAAUUGUACUACACACACACACACAUUGCGCCAUCUCUGGUUAAAAUUUUCAAGUUUAAAUUUUUUUUUGGGUCGCCCGAGGUUUUUGACCAUAAGACGGAACGUUAAGGGCCGCCGGCUCUGGCUUUUACGUGGCGACUUUAAUUUGUAUAAUAUAAUUUCGACAAUUUAAUUAUUACUUUUUGUAGACACCCUGUAUAUGUGUAAGUUUUAUUUUGUAUUUGCGCGACUUUUUCGAGUAAAAAAAAAUACACUACAA